UGUUUUUAAACCGCUGAAAUACCUCCUGGGAGCUCUUGUGUUGCUGUAACACAUACCGCCGUGUCGGCAGGUGGCGCGCUAACAUAACUUUCCCAUACAACAAAGAACCGGAAGCGAAAUUUCAAAUCGUAGGAGACUCCGGGGUAAAGACAUGAAUACUCAUGAAGCAGCACGCACUGCGGUGUGUGAUUGGUUGAAGCGGGGGCGCGUGGUGGCCAGAAACGCUGCUGGAGUUUAUUUCUGAGAAUCCGCUUUUUAAAUCAUGGUUUUGACUGAGUGUAAAAUUUGCAGCAAAGCUGAAAAAGUCAUUGACACACAGAAUCUGACAUGUUUAGAGCGGAUUCUCCCUCCAGACUACACCCAUCACCUUUGCUCUUACACACGUUCAGGAGACGAGCCCGAGUUCGGUGCCGUCUUCAGGUGUCAGUUCAGAAUGAUGUUAAAAUCUGAGGGGGAGCUUCUGCAGUGGCUCAGCAGGUUUCAGGAGCAGUCAGGUCUCACCUGGAGGAAAUCCAAAACCUACCCUGCUGUCGGCCCCGUCACCAAAUUCAGGGUCGACCUGCGAUGUCACCACAACACAAGGGCGAAAAUAGAGAGCUCCAGGAGGACAAGAAACACAGGCUGCCCGGCAACUGUGUACCUAGUGGUGAAAAAUACAACAUACUCCAGAGGCAGGGAGUCCAGGUCUGGAGAUUCUCACCUCAGAGAAGGUUUGUCUGCCGUCAUUACCCUCCGACAUGAACACAACCACCACGUAGCAGCCACAGACCCUCUGUGCUGGAGCAACAUCUCAGCUGCUACAGCAGAGAAGCUCAAGACCCUGUUUCAGAACGGGCACUCUCCAUCGUCCGCUCUGGAGACGCUGAAAUACGAUUUACAGGAAGAAAAUGGCGAUAAUUUGGCAAAUCGAUCUGUGUGUCCUGAUGUCCACUACUGCCACAAACUGUACUUUGAGAUCUUUCAGAAAGCAUACCAAGUGCCUUCGUGGGACAAAAUCCUCCAGGACAUCCGGCAGCAAAUUGACAAACACAACUCUGAACAGAGAGAAAACAGCGCAGCUGUGCACACUACUGAAGACGGCCAGGUUGUUGUUGCAGUCUGCACCCCACUCAUGAAGCGUGUGCAUACUCGCAUUGCAGAGAGUGGAGACGUGUUAUUGAUCAACUCAUUCUGGAGCUGUGAUGACAAGAAUCUGAAAAUAUUCGUGUUACUCUGCCACUCUGUAGAAAGAGGGCUGCCUCUGGGGGUCAUCAUCACGUCUGAAGAAACACAGUCCACCAUUUCUGCAGGUCUGUGGCUACUGAAGACUCUCAUUCCCAGCAGAAACUUCUUCGGAUGCCAUGGAGGUCCAUGGACCAUUGCCUUGUCGGAAGACUGCACGCCUUUGCACCAUGUGCUCCAGGAGGCGUUUCCCGAGGCUUCGUUCUUGCUUUGUGCUUUCCACCUCAUGCAGGAAAUGCGCCAAUGGCUGAGGGACAACAGCAGCAACAUCACCAAACCUGAACGGUCUCAACUCCUGGAUUUGUUCAGACGACUGGUCAGUGCAAGGUGCAAGGAUUUCCUACAGUCUCAUUAUGAAGCCAUACGCAGCAACCCACUUGCAUCAAAACACCCAGGAUUCAUUCAGCACCUAGAGGAAACAUAUAAGCGAAGAGAAACCUGGGCUGCCUGCUUCCGAGAUAAUUUGCCAAGUGGCUAUGCAGUAUUUGCCAAGCGGAUCCUCAAGGACAAGGUCCUCCAUCAACUGAAAGCCUUUAAUCUCAUUCAGAUGGUCCACUUUGUCCAAACUAGGAUGGAGUCGCAUUACAUCCGUCAGUUAACACUUGUAGUCAACAUUGGGAAUCUCUGUCAACAGUCAGAGACGUACAUCAGUGAAGCAGCUCAGACUACCAUUGUGCAACAGGAUGAGGAAAACUACAUUAUUGUUGAUGUGACAUCAGAUAUUCAACACCAUGUCAACAUCACACUGAGGACCUGCACCUGUCCUGUGGGCGUGGCCACAGGAAGCUGUGAACACCUGAAUGCCGUGCGAAAGCGACGCCUUCAGGAAGUGUUUGAUGAAUUUACUAACAGGAAGAAUUCUCCUGAGGACUUGUUUGGCAGCAUGGAACCCGAGCAGCACCUCAGUAAUUCCAGCACGUUGUCUCUUAUAUAUUCUGGUUGUACAAUCAAGCAGGAAAUUGAAAAGCCUGAGAUACAUAAUGCAGAAGUGGGCGGAGACACCACCAGAGAAGUGGAUACGGAGCAAGCACAGGCUUCCCAACCUCCCACUGACACAACCAGCCACCUAGUGGAGGAACUGAUCCAGGUAUUCGACUCAGUCCGAGACAAAGUCCUGGACAAUCCACACACCUUCACCAUCCCAGUGCAGAGGUUCAUUUCUCGUUUUAAAACCAUGAAAUCAGACGCUGAUCUGGCCUCAGCACUGUCUUCGUUCGGCACAAGCAACUGCAGACGGACGUCUUUUCGAAAGGCAGCAGCUGGGGGACACAGGACACUGCUUUCAGGACAUCUUCUGAAAAGGAUUAGAAGAGAGCACAAUUAUCCAAGGUGGACAAGGAAGAGAAACAUGUCGCAGAGUUUCGAGUUCUGUAUGGAUCAGAGUACAUCACAAAAGAGAGAAGGAAAUAAAUGUUAAAAUCCUGCCACAUCCUUUUCUUUUUCUUCUGCCUGCUUUACAGAUUACAAGAGAACAAAUCUAGUGUUUGUUCUGACUGUAAUCAUAUUUCAGGCAUCAAAAAGUGAAUGCCAAACCAAACACACACACUAUAUAGACAUGACGAUUUCUCCGGUAUAUUGUUUUAUACUACAGCGCUGUCGAAGUCUUGAUUUGUUGAUUAAUUUUCUAUAGCAGCAGCUGUCACAGUAGUGUAGGUUUAUAAUAAUGAAACCUACUAUACUAUAGACCCCUUCGCAUGUUUGUAAACAAACCGACCGUUGCCAGGAUGUGCGCGCAGCCUGGACUCAGAAACAAUGGUGCUGCCCAUAGACCGGCAUUAUGAGCUGUCAGAUUAUGCAAAACAAUUAUUGUUACAAGAUCGAGAAUGCUACAUAAAUAAGUUAACUCUAACAAGUGGACAUCGCCUACCGGAUCCGUAUUUAAUUAAAGAGUGGACGGACGAUGUUAGUAAGUUCCCUCCUCAUUUUCCUCUGAUACCUGAAGGCAGUCAUACUAUUUACAAAAAAUAUCAAACUCAAAAAAAAAAAAAACCUAUUUACAAAAGUAGCCUGCCAUCAACAUUCUGGUUACAGCGAGACUACAACUUGAUUAACAAUGGGACAUUCAUAUUCAUUUUGUUUUAAUCAAAUUAUGCCAGUGAUGUGAUGGCAAUGUGGCUUUAGCUACAACAGCAAAUACCAACACUAAACAGCAAUUUCAGAGAUGCCUACCCCAAAUUUUGAAUUUCAGUAUUCUUGAAAACGUUUUUCAGUAUUUUGGAAUGACUUUCAGUAACAUUAAUUUAUGCGCAUUCCCAUUAUAAAGAGGUGUAUAUAUACCAAUAUGUUUAACAUGUAAAUUAUUAAAAAGUACUGUUUUGUGUGAAUUGAAUAAACAAAACACUAGCAGCCAUCUCAACUGAAUUUCCACUCAACAAAUUUCUAGAGCAUACAAUAUAUCACAUUUUUCUAAAUACAAUAGUGUUCCCUGUUUGCAGACAUUACGGUUGACUACCAAUCAUUGGUAUUGAAUGUAACUCCUCAAAAGUAUUAUAUUAUAUUGCCUGGCAAAAUGUUCUACCUGUUAACGGAUUCUAAUAAAAUUUUUUAAAAAAAUUCUUAUUUCAUGCCAAAGAGAG